AUGGGUUCCAUGGCGGCGCCAGUGGAGAAGGAGAUCAUCUUCCGCUCCAAGCUCCCCGAUAUAGAAAUCCCCAAUCACCUCCCUCUCCACUCCUACUGCUUUCAGAACAUCGCCGCCGUCGCUGACAGGCCCUGUAUAAUCUACGGCCCCACCGGAAGAAUCUACACCUACGCGGAGGUGGCGCUCACCGCCCGACGCGUCGCCGCCGGCCUCCAUAACCUGGGUAUCCGCCAGGGCGACGUGAUCAUGGUGCUCCUCCCCAACUCGCCGGAAUUCGUCUUCUCCUUCCUCGGGGCCUCCUUCCGGGGAGCCGCCACCACCACGGCCAACCCGUUCUACACCCCCGCCGAGAUCCACAAGCAGGCGAUCGCCGCCGGCGCCAGGCUCGUCGUGACUCAGUCCUGCUACGUGGAGAAGUUCAAGGGGCUGGAAGGAGUGAAAAUCGUCUGCACCGACUCGCCGGCGCCGGAGGGAUGCAUCCUCUUCUCCGAGCUCACCUCCGCUGACGAGACGGCGGUGCCGCCGGUCGAUCCCCAACCGGACGACGUGGUGGCGCUGCCCUUCUCCUCCGGCACCACGGGGCUCCCCAAAGGGGUGAUGCUCACCCACCGGGGCCUGGUCACCAGCGUGGCCCAGCAGGUGGACGGAGAAAACCCUAAUCUCUGGUUCCGCUCCGAGGACGUGGUCCUCUGCGUGUUGCCGCUCUUCCACAUCUACUCUCUCAACUCGGUUCUCCUCUGCGGGCUCCGAGCCGGGUCGGCGAUCCUGAUCAUGCCCAAGUUCGAGGUGGUGGCGAUGAUGGACCUGGUGCAGCGCCACCGCGUCACCAUCGCCCCCUUCGUGCCACCCAUCGUACUGGCGCUCGUUAAGAGCCCCAUGAUCGACUGCUACGACCUCUCUUCCAUUCGCACCAUCAUGUCCGGGGCGGCGCCAAUGGGGAAGGAGCUUGAGGACGCUCUGAAAGCGAAGAUCCCCACCGCGACGAUUGGUCAGGGCUACGGGAUGACGGAGGCUGGCCCUGUGCUCUCCAUGUGCCUGGCCUUCGCUAAGGAACCCUACACAGUGAAGUCAGGCGCCUGCGGCACCGUCGUCCGCAACGCCGAGCUCAAGAUCGUCGACCCGGAUUCCGGCGACUCCCUGCCGAGGCACAGCGCCGGCGAGAUCUGCAUCAGAGGCGCCCAGAUCAUGAAAGGUAAAAGCCCACCGAAACCUGAUAAGUUCCGAUAAUGGGUGUCAGAUUUCUCUCCUUCUUUCUUUCUCUAUCGUCGUUUAUCUCGGACUUGUUUCUGAUCGUCAAUGGGGUUGGUGGUGCAGGAUAUCUUAACGAUCCGGAGGCGACAGCGAGGACCGUCGACGAGGAGGGAUGGCUGCACACCGGCGACGUGGGGCUGGUCGACGACGACGACGAGAUCUUCAUCGUUGACAGGCUCAAGGAGCUCAUCAAGUACAAGGGCUUCCAGGUGGCCCCCGCAGAACUCGAGGCCAUGCUCGUCGCCCACCAGGAAGUCGCCGACGCCGCCGUCGUCCCGUAAGUCCUCCCCCAAUGCUCCUCCUCCUCCUCAUCCUCCUCCUCCACCGCCGCCGCCGCCGCCGCCGCUUUGAUUAAUCCGGCGGUCAUCUCACUAAUCAUCUUCCUCUGGUUUGAUCUCGCAGAAUGAAGGACGAAGCGGCGGGAGAGAUUCCAGUGGCUUUCGUGGUGAGGUUUGACGGGUCGUCCAUCUCCGAGGAGGAGGUGAAGCAGUACAUCUCCAAGCAGGUGGUCUUCUACAAGCGGAUUCACAAGGUCUUCUUCGUGAAGACCAUCCCCAAAGCGCCCUCAGGGAAGAUCCUGAGGAAGGACCUCAGGGCGAUGCUCGCCGACGGGUUCGCCGCCACCUACCGCCACUGA